CCGGAAGAGAAGGAGCGGGGCCUGGAGGAUCCGGGGAGUUGCUGCCGUUGCCGGUGUUUGCGGUCGCAGGCAGCCGAGCCUGGCGGGCGGGGUGUGUCGCGAUGCCAGAGCUGGCGGUGCAGAAGGUGGUGGUCCACCCGCUGGUGCUGCUCAGUGUGGUGGAUCAUUUUAACCGAAUUGGCAAAGUUGGAAACCAGAAGCGCGUUGUCGGUGUACUUUUGGGGUCAUGGCAAAAGAAAGUACUUGAUGUAUCCAACAGUUUUGCAGUCCCUUUUGAUGAAGAUGAUAAAGAUGAUUCUGUCUGGUUUUUAGACCAUGAUUAUUUGGAAAACAUGUAUGGAAUGUUUAAGAAGGUCAAUGCCAGAGAAAGAAUAGUUGGAUGGUACCACACAGGCCCUAAAUUACACAAGAAUGACAUCGCCAUCAAUGAACUCAUGAAAAGAUACUGCCCUAACUCAGUAUUGGUCAUUAUUGACGUGAAACCAAAGGACUUGGGGCUGCCCACAGAAGCGUACAUUUCAGUGGAAGAAGUUCAUGAUGAUGGAACUCCAACCUCGAAGACAUUUGAGCACGUGACCAGUGAAAUUGGGGCGGAAGAAGCUGAAGAAGUUGGAGUUGAACACUUAUUACGAGACAUCAAAGACACUACAGUUGGCCCUCUUCCCCAGCGAAUCACAAACCAGGUCCAUGGUUUGAAGGGACUGAACUCCAAGCUUCUGGAUAUCAGGAGCUACCUGGAAAAAGUAGCCACGGGCAAGCUGCCCAUCAACCACCAGAUCAUCUACCAACUGCAGGAUGUCUUCAACCUGCUACCAGACGUCAGCCUGCAGGAGUUUGUCAAGGCCUUUUACCUGAAAACCAACGACCAGAUGGUGGUGGUGUACUUGGCCUCGUUGAUCCGUUCUGUGGUCGCCCUACACAACCUCAUCAACAACAAGAUUGCCAACCGGGAUGCAGAAAAGAAAGAAGGGCAGGAAAAAGAAGAGAGCAAAAAGGAUAGAAAGGAUGACAAGGAGAAAGAUAAAGAUAAGGAAAAAAGUGAUGUAAAGAAAGAAGAGAAAAAGGAAAAAAAGUAAAACCUGUAGCUUUUUUAAUUUGUAAAUUAAAAUCUUAUAAACUAAAUCAGUGUGCCGCUAGAGAGUUCUUUUCCACUUUAAGUGCUUGUUACAAGCUGUCUUGAGAGCUCUCUGCCUCUGGUCACACUCACUGUGGCAUUACACGGAAGUGGAUGGAUAGAGGGACUGACCUUGAACCUAAACCACGGGUUCAGCUGCUGUGGGGGACGUGAUAGCUCAGGCUUCAGAUUGUGUGAGAAAAGUGAAGAGAUGUCAACAUAACAUUUUUGGUACUCUUCAUUCUUGACCUAUACAACCAGAAGUGGGAUUUCCCCCACCUUAAAGACUCUUGGGGUCUGUUUCCGGUAAUUUGCAAAAUGGAAUGCAUGAAUUCCAUUUAUUCUCUGCCUCAUAACACCUUUUGAGUUCUGAUGGCCCUUCUGAACUCUUGAGAAAACCGCACCAUGUUUUGGACCUGUAGCUCUGGCAUUCUCAGGGCUUGAGAUCCAGCUCUACGUAUUGUUUACCUUCAAAGACACAAUUAAAUGGCUUGGUUUUUAA